CCGGACCAGCGCUGUUUACGCGCGGAGCUGCUCGCUCAUUUACUGCAAAGCCAUAAUAACAGAGCCAUGCAGAGCGCGAGGAGGAUGCACCUUUCUGCCCACUAAUCCGACUCACUGGGAGGACUGGUCUGGACUGGGAGCCAUCGAACCGACAAUCCAGAAAUGGCGCGGAUAUUGUUUCUGAUUAUCCUCUGCGCUCUCCCAGCGCUCGUUGUGCCCAUACAUAAUUCAUCAGCAGGAGGCUGUGCCAUCAUCCGGCCUCCGCGGGACGGAGGGAUCCGCUACCGAGGCCUGACGCAGGAGCAGAUCCGCAGCGUUCGGAUUCUGCCUGUGGAUUAUGAGAUCGAGUACAUCUGCAGAGAAAACCGGCAGAUCGCGGGGCCAAAGGUCAGGAAGUGUUUGCCCAACGGCACGUGGACGGACAUGACGCAGCUCAGCGUAUGCCUGCUGCAGUGCCCCAAGGUGUGGACGUCCCUGGAGAACGGCAGGGUGACGGCGCGGCCCCCGGGGCCCCCGGCGGAGGGGACGGUCCUCUACUACAGCUGCAACUCCGGCUUCACCCUGGAGGGCAGAAACAUCAGCCACUGCACCAAGCUGGGCAAAUGGGACGCCCCCAAACCCACCUGCCUCUAUGACAGAAACUACACAGGGAAGAAGAAGCUGUACAUCGGAGCGCUGUUCCCCAUGAGCGGCGGCUGGCCGGGCGGCCAGGCGUGCAUGCCGUCCGCUCAGAUGGCUCUGGACCUGGUGAACAACAGGAGCGACAUCCUGCCGGACUACGAGCUGGAGCUCAUCCACUACGACAGCAUGUGCGACCCGGGGGAGGCCACCAAGCUGCUGUACGACCUGCUCUACACCGAGCCCAUCAAGAUCGUCCUGAUGCCCGGCUGCAGCGGCGUCUCCACGCUGGUGGCCGAAGCCGCCCGCAUGUGGAACCUCAUUGUGCUGUCCUACGGCUCCAGCUCUCCAGCGUUGUCCAACCGCCAGCGCUUCCCCACCUUCUUCCGCACCCACCCCUCUGCCACCCUCCAUAACCCCACCAGGGUGCGGCUCUUCAAGAAGUGGAACUGGUCACGCAUCGCCACCAUCCAGCAGACCACAGAAGUCUUCACCUCAACUCUGGAUGAUCUGGAGCAGAGGGUGAAGGAGGCAGGCAUCGAGAUCAGCGUUCGUCAGAGCUUCCUCACCGACCCGGCUGUCGCUGUCAAGAACCUCAAGCGCCAGGAUGCCAGGAUCAUUGUGGGGCUGUUUUAUGAAACCGAGGCCAGGAAGGUGUUCUGUGAGGUGUUCAAGGAGAAGCUGUACGGGAAGAAGCACGUCUGGUUCCUGAUUGGCUGGUACGCCGACAACUGGUUCAAGAUCAAAGACCCGGCCAUCAACUGCACAGUGGAGAACAUGACGGAGGCCGUGGAGGGACACGUUACCACGGAGAUCGUCAUGCUGAACCCCGAGACCGUCCGCGGCGUCUCCAACAUGACUUCACAGGAGUUUCUGGGAGCCUUAAUGUCUCGUCUUGGGGGGAAGAACCCCGAGGAGACGGGCGGCUUCCAGGAGGCGCCCCUCGCCUUCGACGCGGUGUGGGCCCUGGCGCUGGCCCUCAACAAGACCGUGGCCCCCCUGAAGGCCAAGGGCCGACGGCUGGAGGACUUCAACUACAACAACCACGACAUCACCUCGGAGAUCUACAGAGCGCUCAACACCAGCUCCUUCGAAGGGGUUUCGGGUCACGUGGUGUUUGACGCUCAGGGUUCCAGGAUGGCCAUGACCCUCAUCGAACAGCUGCAAGGAGGAAGUUAUAAGAAGAUUGGUUACUAUGACAGCUCCCAGAUGAACCUGAGCUGGUUCAACAACGACGUCUGGAUCGGCGGGAAGCCUCCGGCGGACCGGACCGUGGUUCUGGAGGAGUACCGCCUCUUGUCUCAGAAGCUGUUUGCGUCGGUGUCGGUCUUCGCCGGCCUCGGCAUCCUGCUCGGCAUCGUCUGUCUGACCUUCAACAUCUACAACGGCAACGUGCGCUACAUCCAGAACUCUCAGCCCUACCUGAACAACAUGACAGCGGUGGGCUGCAUGAUGGCGCUGGCUGCAGUGUUCCCGCUGGGGAUUGAUCGGCACCACGUCAACAGACCGCAGUUCCCCGUCGUCUGCCAGUUCCGCCUGUGGCUGCUCGGCCUCGGCUUCAGCCUCGCUUAUGGCAGCAUGUUCACCAAGAUCUGGUGGGUUCACACCCUGUUCACCAAGAAGGACGAGAAGAAGGAGAAGAAGAAGCAACCCUUGGAGCCGUGGAAACUCUACGCAACAGUUGGAGUGCUGCUGGCCAUCGACUUCCUGUCACUCAUGAUCUGGCAGAUUGUGGAUCCUCUGCACAUCACGGUCGAGAAGUUCACCAGAGAGGCGCCUAAAGAAGACCUGGACGUCCUGAUCCAGCCUCUGCUGGAGCACUGCAGCUCUGAGAAGAUGAACACGUGGCUCGGCGUGGUUUAUGGCUACAAAGGUCUGCUGCUGCUCCUGGGGAUUUUUCUGGCUUAUGAGACGAAGUCUGUCUCCACGGAGAAGAUCAAUGACCAUCGAGCCGUGGGGAUGGCCAUCUACAACGUAGCCGUGCUGUGCCUGAUCACGGCGCCGGUGACGAUGAUCCUGUCUUCGCAGCAAGACGCCUCCUUCGCCUUCGCCUCGCUCGCCAUCGUCUUCUCUGCUUACAUCACUCUGGUGGUGCUCUUUGUACCGAAGAUGCGGCGCCUCAUCACCCGCGGUGAGUGGCAGUCAGAGCAGCAGGACACGCUGAAGACCGGAUCGUCCACCAACAACAACGACGAGGAGAAGUCCAGGCAGCUGGAGCGGGAGAACCGGGAGCUGCAGAAGAUCAUCCAGGAGAAAGAAGAGAGGGUGUCUGCACUUCGCAACCAGCUGGCCGAGCGUCAGGCAAUACGCAACCGCCGCCAACCCACCUCAGGCCAGAAUCAGAACCACAACGCCCCGCCGCCCGCGUCCCAAACCGACCCCAAGUCGCUGCUUCCCCCUCCAGGAUACCCCAACCCCGCCGCGGACAAUCACUCCCUGCCGCCAUCCUUCUCCAACUCGUCCAGCCUCUACCCGGCGGACAGCAAGAUGAGCCGCAACCACUGUCACAACAGCCAGAUCCCGCUGCUCUACAAGUAGGCGGUGAGGCGGGGGGAGGCCGGGGGGAUCA